AUGACCACUCUUCGCACCGCACGCGUGCUGCUGCAGUCCAAGGACUCGGUUAAAUGGCGCCCAAGAGAUGAGACCGUCUCAGAGCGCAAUCUCGAUGCAGUGGAAGCCUUUCACCUGGCUAAUGGAUCGCACAAUGUCCGCGAAGGACGACGCCGACUCGACAUCACCGUCACCGUCAAGCUGAGAGUUGACCUGGGACUCACUAUCGACAUCAAGCAAGCCCGCGCCGCGUGGAUCGCACUACGACAGCGACACCCGGCCAUUGCCUCGACCGUGAGUGGCUCGAAAAGAGUCCAUCAGAAGCCGGGGACCGAGCAUAUUAACGCUUGGCUAGAUCACACAUUUGUGACUGUCGCUGGGGAGAGCGAGGUGACGGCAGAGUUGCUGGACAGCCUGCCCGCGGCCGAGACGGCGGCGAUGUACUUUCUGCAAAAUGCCAAUGUCCUUGCCUUGCGCACUCCACAUCAUCUUAUGGACACCCUGGGCGCCGUUAUGGUCCUCAACGACUUUCUGGAAGAGCUGAGCGUGAUGGUUAUGGGCAGGUCGAGGGCGGACGACUCCCUGUGCACCGAGCGGCUCGAUCAGCUGGCUUGCAGUCUCAAGGAAGCUGCAUCACUACCCUCCGCCUCUGUCUCUCAGCUGGCCCGGUUCUGGAGCAUCCAGCGCCGCUGGCUCCGCAGCUAUCCCUCAGUAGGCAUUAUGUCGGACCAGCAGACGCCAUGUUCCGCUCUCGCGUCGUGGAGAGAUCUCGAGUACUCGCCACUUCUGACCAGGGAGCUAGUCACUAUGGCAGGCAAGCAUAAGAUGACGGUCGCACCCGUCGUUCACGCUGGUGUGGCCUUUGCCGCGAAGGAAUAUGGUCCUUUUACCCUGACCCAGAAUUACAACACCAUCAUCGUCCUCGAUAUGCGCCGGCCCAAGGACGGCCCGUCUUCUAAGAAUGCGAUCUCGCCCCAGCAUGCAAUCUGGCCAGUAUCAAUACCGGUAACUACCUUCUGGCAGACAGCAGAGCUGUUCAAACGGGCCUAUCUAGAUGCAGAGAGCGACCCCGACCUGCCGGCCCUGGUGGAGCCGGCCUUUGCAGAGAUUUUCCAGAGCCAAGAUCCACCGUCGUGUCCUACGUUCUACAGUGCCCCAAUAGUCAACAGCUUUGGCAAGAUCGACGAUUAUUUAGCCUCAUCGUAUGGCGGGUUCACGGUCGAGGAGUUCUCUCUCUCAGCCGAAUGCUCGGGCGAGGAGGUGAUAGUUGCUGUCUGGUCAUACCAGGGCAAGCUGAAGAUCCGAGUCAUGUACAAUGAGGGAUAUCACAGCGCAAAGAGUAUUGAGCGGUAUGUGUAUUUGGUAGAGGUCGCGCUCAAAGAUGGAGUCGGGGUUUGGCGAAGUAGGGAGUAA